AAAUGAAACGGCGUACACGUCCUGCAGUGUUAAGAACACGAUAUUAUACUCAAACUAGUAAUCGUGAAGCAUACUUUUAUAGUUAUUUAGUAGCUCAUGUUCCUUUUAGAAAUGAAGAAGAACUACUUGAGGGAUAUGAAACAGCAGAACAGGCAUUUAAUGCCAAGCGUCAACUACUACGACCUCUACGGAGAGGACAAAAUAUUGAGCAAUUUCAAUUUGUAGAACAAGAAUUACAAGAAGUUAUAGCUCAAAUUGCAGCAUUUGAUGACGGCGAUACAAAUGCACAAUCUACGGAGGAGCAGGAUGUGGAAAAACAUUUCUUUUAAAAAUGAUAGAACAACAGAUUAAGCGAUGUUAUGCUCCUACUAUUGAUCUUUUAUUGAAACCGACAUUCGUUGAAGUGACUGCUCUUACUGGUGUUGCCGCUAGAUUAAUUAAUGGACGUACCUUACA